AUGAACGGGUUUGCCGACAAAGGUCUGGACGAGGGCAACUUUGGCGAAAACCAGGCCAUCAAGGCUGUCCGGGCGUUUGAUGCAUUCCCAAAGACAAAGCCAUCGUAUACUCAAAAGACGAACAAUGGCGGCAUUUGGACAGUAGUGCUGGUAUGCGCGAGUUUGUGGCUAGCAUGGACGGAAGUGAUGAGGUGGUGGUGGGGUCACACUACGCAUGAGUUCUCCGUCGAGCAGGGAGUCGGCCACGACCUGCAGAUCAACCUUGAUGUUGUGGUAAAGAUGAGGUGCGAUGAUCUGCACGUCAACGUUCAAGAUGCCUCGGGAGAUCGCAUACUUGCAGGCGAGACACUGCAGAGAGAUGCAACUCUCUGGUCGCAGUGGGGUGCGAACCGCAAGCUUCAUACAUUGGGCGCGACACGGGAUGAACGCCUAGAAAUGACUGGGUACUCAAGCUAUGGCGACGCCAGGGAGUACGCAGAGGACGAUGUGCAUGACUAUUUGGGUGCCGCAAGCAGUACGAAGAAGUUCAAGAAGACUCCUAGGGUGCCGAAAAGCAAGGAAGCGGACAGCUGUAGGAUCUACGGAAGCAUGCAUGGGAAUAAGGUGCAGGGUGACUUUCAUAUAACGGCGCGAGGGCAUGGCUAUAUGGAGUUUGGGCAGCAUUUGGAACAUAGCUCCUUCAAUUUCUCGCAUCACAUCAACGAGCUUUCCUUCGGGCCGUUUUAUCCUUCGCUGACCAACCCUCUCGACAAUACAUUGGCGGCUACUGAGUUUAACUUCUUCAAGUUCCAGUAUUAUCUCUCCGUCGUGCCCACCAUCUACACAACCAAUGCCAAGGCGCUCCGCAAGAUAACGAAAAGCACGGUCUUCACGAACCAGUACGCUGUAACCGAGCAGUCGCGUCCAGUGCCUGAAAACCAGGUCCCUGGCGUCUUCGUAAAGUACGAUAUCGAGCCAAUUUUGCUCAUGAUCGCGGAAGAGCGGAACAGCUUCCCUGCGUUGUUCAUCAGACUGGUGAACGUUAUUAGCGGUGUGCUUGUAGCAGGCGGCUGGUGUUUUCAGAUCAGUGAGUGGGCUAGGGAAGUGUAUGGACGGAGAAGAGGUGGUAGGCAAGAUAGCUUCGGCAUGCUGACGCCGAUGGACGAGAAGAAGGGUUCGCUUUGA